GCUUGUUUUUGUAGAGAGGCGGAUGUAGCCUGAACUCUGGUCUGGCAGAUCUCCAGCGGUAGUAAGAGGCUGCAGUGUGCGUUUGUGGUUUGGUACAGCACCUUCCAACAGACACACACGCACACCGAGACAGUGGCUGGCACUGACAAGGCGAAACAAAACAAUAAUACAAAAUAAAGCAAGAAAGAAUGGAAACAAAAUCGAAAUAAAAGAUCCCUGAGUGUCGAUAUUGGAAACGACUCGCUUCGGUCUGGAAAUGAUCAAGACUGGGUCGCUAUUACUUUCCGAUUCCAUAAUAUUAACCCAUUGACCGAUCGUGCGUUUUUAAAUGAUGUAUUAUAUUCGAUGUGUCUUUUCCAGUUGUUGGUACCUCAUGACUGCCGCUGACAUCCAGUCCUGUCACCUUUCGCAGACGCUGUAAGAAAAAAAAACGGUUGAAGUUAAUGACUUCCCCUAGCCUCAGCGACCUGAGCAAGAGUGAGAAGGCAGCCUUGGAUGAACGGGGGACGCAGCACAGACGGGCCGGGGCCAACGCCACUUGGAACAGUAUCCACAAUGGAGUGAUUUCUGUGUUCCAGAAGAAGGGGCUACCAGAGAACGAACUGUACACCCUCAACGAGGGUGUGAGACGGCUGUUGAAAACGGAAUUGGGAUCAUUUUUCUCGGAAUACCUACAAAACCAGUUACUUACAAAAGGAAUGGUCAUACUAAGGGACAAAAUCCGAUUCUAUGAAGGUCAGAAGUUGCUGGACUCCUUGGCCGACACAUGGGACUUCUUCUUCAGCGACGUCCUGCCUAUGCUUCAGGCCAUCUUCUAUCCUGUACAGGGGAAGGAGCCCUCAGUCAGACAGCUGGCUCUCUUGCACUUCAGGAAUAUCAUCACACUCAACAUUAAACUGGAGGAUGCCAUUUCCCGCCCGCGGGCCAGAGUCCCUCCUUCCAUCAUUCAGAUGCUGCUGAUAUUACAGGGGGUGCACGAGUCCAAGGGAGGGACGGAGGACUACUUGAAGCUUGAGGCCCUGAUCCAGAAGGUUGUCUCUCCGUACCUGGGAACCCACGGGCUCUUCUCUGACAACGGCCAAGUCACUCACUGCACCUGUGUUCUGGAGACGCGUUACCUCCGGCGCUGCGCCAAGGCGAGCGAGGUGAUCGGGAAGAAUCCGGUGGUGCGCUCCAAGAGCUACAACAACCCCAUGCUGACCCCCGUGGUGGAGUACGAGUGCGAGGUGGGCUCCGCCGGCAGCACGGGCAUCAGGAGGCACUCCGUCUCCGAAAUGACCUCCUGCCUCGGGCUGCAGGGCUACUCCAACCUCACCACCAUCAUGGACACCGGCUCCAAAACCUCCAUGGCCAAAACCAACCAAUCGGGUGAGCAGGACCUGUCAGGAGGGGGAGGAGCUUCUCCGACCUCCAAUCCAGUACUCUUCUUUGAGCAGUACCCCGGGGGCGACCAGCACGCUGCCUCCCUGAACCCCUCGCAUUCCUCCAGCCCCGAGACCACAGUGGACCAGAUCUUGGAGUCCAUGGACUCCGACUCGGAGGGCAUUUUUAUUGAUUUCAGCCACCGAUGCUCCAACUCUCCUGGGUACAGCAGGGAGACCAGCAGACGGAGCGUGGUGUAGGAACGCAGGGAGAAGUGGAGAAUAGUUGUUGUGUGACAAUCAGCAAUGCAGGACCAAGUCAUCUCUUGCCAGAUUUGCCUGUCAAAAUAUCUCAAUUUGAUUUUUUUUUCCUUUUCCUUUGAAACAGCAUUUUUGUUUCCACCUAUUUUAUGCCUAAUAUAGACCCAUAUAAGAGCUAAGAUUGUUAAACAGGAAGAUUGAAAUGUAGGGAAGAGUAAAUGGUCUUAUAUUAUAUACGUUAGGGACAUACAUGUAGAUCAUCUCCCAUCUGAAAGGGUCUGACAAAGAGUCUUUACUGUGCAUUGACUGAGAAGUAUACUGUCCCGUGCUGAGACAUUGAGCAGAGCUGUUGAUUACUGUAACUCCUUGCUAGCUGGUCUAGAAGCCUCAUUGAAUAAGAUGUACACAGUGCUACAGCCAGAAUACUUUUUAAAGCCACUACAUUGGCUACCGGUGAUGCAUUGAAUUGAUUUUACAACUCCUCCCAUAUCAGACAGGUUAAUCACUGACAUGUAUAGCUGAUAACUGGGCUAUACAGCAUAGUAUAACAUUUUUAUGGGUGCUAUAAAUCUGUGCCGUUGAAUUCUUUCAAGAAAAGCGUUAAGAAGUCCUGCAGACAUACAGUGAUUCACAGCAUUGGAAAUCCUGGCAGCUUUUUUGGCCUGAAAGUAUCAUAUAUAUGUUUUAAAAUAUAUCUAAUCUUAAAAGUAUGGGGGCAACCACUGGUAGAGUGGGACCAUUUUCCAGUGGUAUAUGAACCAAUGCACAUGCCAGUAAUCCAUUAAACUCAGAAGGUACGAGUCUCAAAGGCACAUAAUUGCAUUCGACAAAAUACUUUGCAAAGUGGAGAACAAGAGAAAAUUUGCAGGAAAUAACCGUAUUUCAAAAGAAGCUUGACAGUUCAUCUGAAAUAAAACUUAGAACUUUUAAUAAACCAGUGACACAUUUAUCUUAAUCUCAAUAAACUUGUCACCUUAUCACAAUGCAUGCACAAUUCUGCUGUAAGCUGCAGUGCAACAGCACCACUUGCUGGGAGAAAAUGUUAUGGCGGGCAGGCCCUAAUAAAGAAGAAUAGAAUGGGUAAAUUACCUGUUUCCAUUAGCAACAGACUCAUUUGAUUUGAGAAUCUUGUCAGUUGUCAAGUUAGGAUCAUAGGCAAUAUCAAUAUUAUGCCAGUUAGGAUGUUCUCUGUUAAAACAGGUGGGUGCCAUAAUUCAUAUAAUCCAUGUGGUGCCUGAUUAAUGUGGCACCCUGUAAUAUUAAAAUGAUCAGAGUGGUGGCACAAUUCCAUCUACUCUGUGACCUGAUCACAGAAAGUACUCAGAUGUGUUUGUCAGAUUGUUUAUUUAUCCAGUUACGUCAUUCCAGCUUACAUGGACAAACAGGAGAAUUUGGCUAACAAAAAUUGGUCAGGUUAUCAAAAUUGAUAUUUUUACCACCUUCAGACACACUGAAAGCGUAGGGUGCAUGAGUUACACAACUUGUCUUCUGCAUGAACGAGACAUGAGAACAGAACGUUACUAACGACAGGAGGCAUUCGGCUCAACUAGGCUUGUCUGGGUUCCCAGCAGCUGAUUGAUCUCAAAACUUUUUCAAUUAAAGGAUCCCAGUGAUUCUGUUUCAACAACAUGACUAGGUAGCCCAUUCCAUACCCUCACCUGCCUUGCCACUAUUUUCUCAAUCGUAAGCCGUUUAUAUAGGUCUACCUGAGCUGGAGUGACCCAGGUACAACCAACAGGUUCUCGUUUAGAAGGGAGAGGACAGGCAAUGCAUUCUUAAAGUCAGGACAAUUUGUGCUAUUAAAACAACCUUUUAAUUGGAGAACAGCAGUUGACAUUAGCAUGCAUCACAACAUUUAGACUUGUUUGUGUUUAGCGCUCAAAAUCGUCUUUCGGGGCGGGAUUCAGUUUAACUGGCUUAAAUAUAUGAGCUGCCACUGACUGAAGGUUGACAUGAACGAGGGAGGCACCACCCUCGUCCAAUGUUUGUUUUUCUUUUGGUGAUGUACAAAUAUGUCCCUGUCAAUCAAAUGAUCAUAUUUGCAGGAUUCCUGCCUGACACUUUGCAUAGAUAACAUGAGCUUUGACUCGUGAUCAAUCAGCUUUGAGAUGCUCAGUGUGUCCAGGGUCUGAUUUCAAAAGCUGUGGGGAUCUCAAGCAAAUUUCACACUCUAGAUUUCAAUCAGAAAGUAUUAUUACAGUACUGGUGAUCUAGGAAUAGGUAUGCUUCAUUGUUAAUGAUUUUAUAAUUCAUUUUAACAUUAUCUACCUAACAUUAUCACAUGCCACUUCCCCCAUUUAUUGUGCUUAAGAUUUUUUACUUCCUUGUGCCUGAUCACUUCCUGUGCAGUUGCUGUUAGCACAGCAAGUGAUAAAGGUACUCGAUAGCAUUGCGUAUUUAAGAAAUAAUAUCAAAUUAAAAUAAACAAGCAAGAUCUAUCCCAUGCCAGGAGAAGGGGAGCUGUGAUAAUUUUGCUUGUGAUACAUUGAUAAUGAAGCUUUUGUUAUAUUAUACAACAUAUUUAUAAAGAGAAAUUCAACAUAACAGAUAACUAUAAAACCAGGUAUUGUAAUUGUACUACAUAUGAAGUGGUCUUGAGUAAAAAAGGAAAUCAUAGCAAUACAACAGGGUGCAUUUUUGUACCACUGUAUUUUCUGUGUGUUUAAAUGCCCAUGCAGUUGGUUCAGCUUUUUGUCCACUUGUAACAGUGCUAUUUGAAGCUGCCAGUAGGUGGCAGUAUUGUAUAAGGAUUUGUAUGUAUAGAUACCAAAGCACAAAGGAGAGCUAUACAUACAAUAAUUGAAUACCUUUUUUUUUUUGCACAGGAUUGUAAAAACAAACAAACAAAAACUUUUACAAUGGAACUCACUCCAUAUUUUUUACACAACGCUGUAAAGUUUUAAUACUGUAAUUUAACUUUUGGUACAACAAAUCAUGACCAUGUUACUUAUGCUCUUAAUGUGAUUUUUUUUCUGUGUUUGUUUUUUCUACAACAUCUUUGAUAACUGUCAAAGAGAAACACGUGCUACUUUUAAAUAAAUGUAUGUUAUCAACACA